AUGCCUGAGAGCAACUCUGCUGCCAAUUGCUGCGAGGCUGGCAGGCUGGCGAUGCGCCCUACUUGGUCCGGGUCAGCGGGCACAGGACCACCAGGGACUCCCCGGGCUACUUGGGUGGCUCCCACGCUAUCUACAGUGAUAAUUGUCGCCACAGUCCUGGACGUCGUGGGAAACCUCCUUGUCAUCUUCUCUGUGCUCAGGAACCGCAAGCUGCGGAAUGCGGGUAACUUGUUUGUGGUGAGUCUGGCCUUGGCUGACCUUAUGAUAGCCUUGUACCCUUUCCCACUGAUCCUCGUGGCUAUUGUUCGUGACAGUUGGGUCCUGGGAGAGGCCCACUGCAAAGCCAGUGCCUUCGUGAUAGGCCUGAGCGUCAUUGGCUCCGUCUUCAGUAUCACAGCCAUUGCCAUUAACCGCUACUGGCGCAUGUGUCACAGUGCAACCUACCACCGGGUCUGCAGCCACUGGCGUGCCCUCCUCUACGUCAGCCUCGUCUGGCUCCUCACUCUGCUGGCCUUGGUGCCCAGUUUCUCUGUGGGAAACCUAGACUAUGACCCACGCAUCUAUUCCUGUACCUUUAACCAGACGGUCAGCAGCCGGUACACAGCAGCUGUGGUGGCCGUCCAUUUCCUCCUUCCAAUAGCUGUGGUAUCCUUCUGCUACCUGCGAAUCUGGGUUCUGGUGCUCCGGACCCGAAGGAAGGCCAAGGCUGAAAGUCAGCCACGUCAGAAGCCUGGUGACUUGCGCAGUUUCCUAACCAUGUUCGCUGUGUUUGUGGUUUUUGCCAUUUGCUGGGCUCCCCUCAACUGCAUCGGCCUUGCAGUGGCCAUCAACCCAGAGGUGAUGGCUCCCCAGGUUCCAGAGGGGCUCUUUGUUGCCAGUUACUUCCUAGCUUACUUCAACAGCUGCCUUAAUGCCAUUGUCUAUGGGCUCCUGAACCAGAACUUCCGCACGGAAUACAAGAGGCUCCUCUCAGCACUCUGGAACAUUGGGUGCUGUUUCCAUAUUGCUUCCAAAUGCUGCCUUGCUAAGGAGCCACAGAGCCCAGCUCCAUCUUCUUCCAGGGUUCCCAUGCCUGUCCAGGAGGGCGGUCUCUAGCCUGCAUCAAUUGCAUGGACCUAGCAGCAAAGCUUUGCAACGAGGGGAGUGAAAAUACCGUCACAGUGCCAUGCAACAACAUGCUCACACCACGGCCCACAAUGAGGAAGUCUGUCAGGGAGCAGACACGCCACCACAGAUUGGACACUGGAUUCCAAAGGGCUGGGGUAGAAGUCAAACUCUAUGCACGAAAUGUCGUUCUCCCUGCCACCUUGACCUGUUACUGAUCUCUCCCCUUCCUUGAAGGGCUAGAGGAUCUCUUGAUUACCUAGGCCGAAAGAGAAAACUCUGUAGCAUUAAAAGUAGGUGAUUUUCAGGGACCCAGGAAAAAGGCAGGUGCAGAGGGCCCCCCAUCAACUUUUCCUGCACAUCACAAAUGUAGCACAGCACAUACUGAAUCCAUAUCCACCACACAUAUAUACACCAAAUCAUAUCACACACAGAGACAUCAGACACACAUCAUGCACGCUCACACGCCAUGUGCAUAUGUACCAGAUGCAUGCAUACCAAGCACAACCAUAUACCACACAUAUAUACAACAAACAUAGCACCACAAAUGUACACACUGAAUACAUAUACACCAGACACACACCAUACUCACAUACAUACAAAACAUACAACACAUGCAUACACAGCACACACAGGCACACCAUGGUGUCUUCUUCAGAUGUUAAUUGGGUGUGCUUGGUGAGUGUGGUACAGCAGAACAGGGUGCCUGCCCUCUAAGAGGGCAGUCUGUGGACAGACUGGUAUCAGUACAAGUUGGAGGUUGUUUCCUGUCUAUAGUCACUGUAGCAAAUGCUUGAUAUACUAUUGGUGGGGGAGAAUUAUCUAUAUUCUGUCAAUUAUGUUUUAAAUAAAUGCUGAUUGGUCAGUAGCCAGGUAGGACAACCAGACAGGA